AUGAGUGUGCCGAUGGCGAGCACUCUCUCAGAGCAGAUUGCCGUCAAAGCAACUGGUCCAGAUGAGUUUUGCUCACUAUUCCCGCCGGCAAGAGGAGCGAAUCAACUUGGCAUUGCGUAUGGCGGAUGUACAAUGUCCAUCGGCGUCCACGCUGCAUAUCACACUGUGAAACCCGGCUACAAUCUCUACUCCGUGCUGGGACACUUUCUCGGACCAACAAGAACGGAUCGUACCUUGACUUGUCGAGUUCAACGUUUGCGCGACACGAGAACAUUUGCGACACGCCGCGUUGAUGUAUGGCAGAGUCUUCCCAGUGGAGAACAGCGGCUCUGCAUGACGCUGCAAGCUGACUUCCACAUCAAUGAACCAGCAAUGAUGGAAUAUUCAGCGCCGCCGAAAGGUCGAUACAGUGACUGGAGCCAAUGUCCGCGAGUGGAGAAGUUGGCAGAAGACCUUUUGGCAAAAGGCCACAUCACGGAGGAAGAUGCCCGAGCUUAUCGACAUACCACUUCUGUCUUGCUUUCAUUCUUCGAGAACCGAUUUUGUCCCGAGGGAAUCUGGGGACAGAAUCUCGGUGGAGCUGCAAAGCAGCUUCGGACGACCCAAGACCACCUUCCAAUCACUUCCAAGACGUCUGGAGACUGGUUUAGAACAGCUCAACCUCUGACCUCCAGGGCCGAGCAUCUUGCAGCUCUGGCCUUCAUGAUGGAUGCAGGACCGUCUUUCAUGCCGCUGAUCCACGACCACAAAGGCAUGCAUGAUGCUGGUGCUGCGUCAACGCUGGACUUUGCCCUGAGAGUGUUUGUCAACGAUGUUGACAUGACCCGCUGGCAUCUCCGAGAGCGCAUGACCCGAACUGCGGGAGUUGCGCGGAACUAUGCGGAGUCAAGGAUCUGGGACGAGAGCGGCAAAAUGGUCGCUUCUAUGACGCAGCAGUGCAUGCUACGACCGAAGCCUCGCACGGGCGCAGCGUUAUAG